UAUUGAUUAUUAAAUUACUGUUAAAUAAUAAAUUUCGUCAUAAUUUAGUGCAUGCAUCUAUCCGUAUCAUGUAUUUUUCUUCGAAAAAUAAAGCAUUACGGCCAGGUUCCCAAGAUAAGUACAGCACUGUAAUGAACUGUAUUUCAGCACGUUUAUCACGGAUAGCUGUUCAGUAUACAACGAACAGUCAUCGUGCUAAGAUCUCUUCAAACAUGAGCAAAACACGCAAAAGAAUGCCCUCUUAUCGGCCUUGGGGCUCGACAGAGGAUGGUCGCAUAGAAUUCGAAUCCUUAACAGAUGAAACCUUGGAGGGUGCUCUAAAAGUGUUAAGAGAGAGCUUCUUCAUCAAUGAGAGUGUGUCAAAAGCCGUAGACAUAAAUUUGGAACCAGGAGCAUCCGAAGAACUCGAAGAACUUUGUUUGAACGCUGCUAAGGAUGGCGUCAGUGUAGUGGCUAUCGAUAUCACCAGCAACGAGGUUGUUGGCGUCAGCUUCAACAAAAUUCAAGUAUCCGACAGCAGCACGGAGAAGAGUUACUUUGAGCGUUUCAGCGAUGACUGUCAAUAUAAAUCAUCCAAGGCUUUGGUGGACUUUAUGAUAGACAUAGACUCGAGGAUAAAUCUCUUCAAGCAUUACAAUGUCAAUUGCAUUCUUGAAAUCAUGUUUCUGGCGACACAUCCCGCCUACGAAAAACGACGAAUAGGUGAAUUGCUAGUUACUUCAUCAUUAGAGCUCGGCAAAGAAUUAAGACGCGGCAAAAAUGUGAGGACACCUGUCACGAUACAUGGCAGCGAUGAUUUGUCAAACGCUGACAAGAUACCAACCUUGGCUUCUGCGAUCAUGACGUCCAAUUACUCGCAACGAAUUGCCACGAAACUCCACUUCGAUCAGUUGAUAGAAGUUUCCUACGAUGAUUUCGAAUUCAACGGUAAGAAGUACAGUGAAAAAAUAAACAAGGUACAUCAAAAGUGCGUUUUAGUGGCCAAGAGACUCGCAUAGACAUAGUCGAUAAUCGUGCAAUUUUAUCGUUUCUGUAGACAAAAUUUGUGACUUUGUUAACGUUUUUACAUUGUAUUUCUAUCUUCUUUUUACCAUCUCUGAUUUUCACACAUUUAAAAAAAAAGUUAUACAUAAUAU